GGGGUUUGGUUUUGGGGACGAGCGACGGUGUUUUGGAAGUUGCGCUGUGGUGAUGGUGGUGAGAGGGCCGAAGCUCGAGAGCUCGAGAGCUCGGGAUCUGUUUGUGUUUGUUUGUUUGGGAGUGAGAGUAUUGAAAGGCCGUACAGAGAGGGGGGGAGGAUAUUUCAUUCUCGUGAUGUAAUGAAUGUGAUCCCAUCUGUUGGGUUCUCGAAGUGCGCAACGGAGUUGGAGAUGGAUUGAUUACGCAGCGCUUCGACCGGGUGCGUAAAUGCGUCGGGCGGGCCAGCCAGCCAGCCAGUGACUGGGAAGCGAAGCUGCGGCUCUGCUGCCGUGAAUCGUCUCUCUCCCUGCAGCGUGAACGCUGCGUCUCGCGCAGGUACUCUGCAGCCACUGCCACCCUCGUGCUCUGCAUGCGGCGAUCGAUGUACUCUAAUGCAAUCUCAUAAACUGCCCUAACCGGCACAAGCCACAGCGAGAUCCGUCCUCGUCCUCAUCCUCGACAGCGAUCGGGCUCUUCGGAAUCCUCUUCCUCCUCCUCCUCCUGCUGAUGCUGCUGGUGGAGGAAACGGCCGUCCCUCCGUCGAUCGACGAUCGAUGCUCGAUGCAACUUUAGCGUUACAUCUCGGGCCCGGGAGAUCGAUGGAUGGGUGCAUGUCUUCUUUCUGAUAUCGAUAGAAACUGCUGGACUCGACCGACACAGUCUCCCAGCUUACCGGAAUCUUGUUGUACACAACUGGCCGCAACUCACUUCAUCACUUCGACCCUUUUGCACCGAUGGAAUAUCGGGGAGCAGAGGGUAGUUGGACGCCAGCAAGAGCUUCUCUCUCUGGGCUCGAUGGGCUGGGACUUCCUACAAUGUCCCCUCACAAGGAAGAUGGCGGAAUGCCACCAUUCCUGCACCGUACACGAAGGGAAUGCUCCCUCUACACCAUCUCCAUCUCUACGAUGUGUCCCCGAGCUACGGGCACUUGAUGGGCAAAUGAAGCCGGCAGCUUUUUCGUGUCCAUCACUCUCGCGUCACGGCUCCGACGAGACCUGAUUCCAGUUUGUGGCCAACCUCUGAUCGGUUCGAUCCACCGCAGAGGAUCGAGUAAGUUGGGCCCAGACCAUUUUAGGAUGGGUGACGGGCUUUAACGAACCCGGAUGUCGAUCAUUCCGCCACCCUCCUCGGGUGCAGUGAAUGUCGAGCAGUACGCAUCCCCCCACCCGGAGUACGUACAGGAUGCGCCUCCCGCGGUAGGAAGACGUGUUCUGUGCUAUGGGGGAUUUCUAUUCUGGUGAUAGAGGCCAACCGUGCAGGCCGAGCGAUGCCCGGCUCGUCGGGAAUACAGUAUGCCAAGUAUGGAGAUGGAUCAUGAUUCCGAGGACGUGAGGUACCCAAAAUGGUCGAUGAUGACUGCUCGACGACUGUGGCUCGACUCAUUUCGCAGUACGUGCGUGAGCGAACCAACAACCUCGAGCAGUCACACAUUGUUGUGCAGCUCCAUCAUCAGCAGCUCAUUGACUUUGAGCGAGUUUUUUCAGUCCAAGAGACUGAGUCUCUGAAAGCUCUCGAACUGCCACAUCUGCUGUCAUCGCGAGCUACUCGAGCUGCAGAUGUUUGACAGUCUUGCAGACGCGGUAAUUACUGUGUCGCUACGGCGAGUGUAGCUCAUUUUGUUACCAGCGCGCGGGAGAUGGUGGCUCGAUGUGGAGAUGCUCAUUUCAUGGCCUGCUGCUCCUGCUGCUGCUUCUGCUGAUGAGAGUCUUCUGAGCCGUCAGGUGUAUGAACCUUCAAGACGAACGUCUAAGACUCGGACUCAUGACGGAGUUCGUCUUACACUGACGAAAGUUUGCAAUCAGAGGGCAUAAUUCACGGUUCUGUCAAGCAGUUGCAAGCGACAGGCAGUGGCAAGUACUAGCCUUCAGAGGAUGAACCUAAGUCCCCAGCACAAUUGUUUGAGGCGCAAAUCAUUGACUCGCCAGGAGAUAAUAUAACCUAAGUACACAAUACGAAUAACCUGGACUUUUUACGGACGGAUCAGCCAUCAGCCAUUCGCUCAGAGAACUGCAUUGUUGCCAGACCUUGCCUGGAUCAUUAGACGUCAAUCUUACGAGAGCUCUCGUAUACAUCAUGGGUCGGCUCCGGGAAGACAUGCGUUUAGCUCUGAGCUUAGUUCACGCUCGGCUGUGACUUGAUAAUCACUGCAGGGCAGUCUCGACUCUGGACACUGGACUCUGAACUCUCGGCUCGACAGGCCAGUGUAAGAAGGUACGGGUAGAGGAGCUUGCUUCAUACUGCUGAUGCCGACAGGAACUGGGCGCUGGUUCCAUGUUCAUUACAGCGCCAUGUUCUAUACCAUCCCUGCAAUGUAUGUAUGUGGAUAAAUCUCGGACGAGAUCUCGUCGCAACCAUCGCUGAGAUUACCAUCCCAAGAUGGCAAAUGGAAGCCAUAAUUGGGGAUGAGUCAUCACCAACCUCUGACACCUGGGGGACUCUUGAGUGCCUGUUUCCGAGUGAAAGUACGACUCGCUCGCUCUAACAGGACUGCUAGAAUCUGGAUUAGAAGGAAUGAUGGAUUGCGGCUCUUCGCACUGCAGUUCGCCAAUUGAGAAAGGACUUGUCCACCCUUUUAAUGAGUAGGCAGGUGAGGUCGGAUGGAGGACUUGGACUUGAGCCCCGAGAGACACCUCAUUGCACUAUGCAUACGUAGGUGCGAAUCUAGCUCUUGACUAGCCUGGAUUCUUGGCCGUCCAUGGCUUGGUGCUGUUUGCGCCAAGGAACUCGGUGGUCGCCGGAAUUGCGUACUGGACGAUCGGCAGUGCCUUGUUGGACGCUUGGUGAACGGUCACAAGGACUCGAGGAGGACAUGGGAUCGGUGUGUAGCUCCGCUUCGCUCCUGUAGGUCUGUGAAUCAGAGAGAAGUGUACGAGAAGGACUACUGCCAAGAAGCGUGGACAUUACAAACUGGACUCUACAGGACAUGCGAGAGUCGUGCUACUUCAAACCGGCUUUGCAUAAGCGAAGGACUCUGUGUGUGUCCAAGCCCACGGGACUCCGAUUACUCGCCACAAUCGUCUGCUUUCAAUCUGCUAAUCUCCCCAACGUACUGCUGUCACGUAUCACCAGGCCGCUUGCACAUAUGAUAUCGUUAUCUCAUCAGUACUCCUCUCUCUGGCUCCUGUAGCAUCUUCAGAGUUUCCGACUCAAAGCUAACAUGCAAGAUUGAGUAAGCAGAGGACUUCUGAUGCAAUCCUUUGACAAAAUCCAAUCAGCACUGCGACUUGAAUGCUUAAAAAUCAUUGAGUCUUGCUCCACGCUUGUCGGAGACUUGCAAUACAUUACUUUAUUAGCACUAUACAAAAUGAAAAGACGGAUAGAAACCUGGAGAUUCAAUCUCCGGACAGAACUAGCCUAGAUGGAAGUACAAUGAUUUGUUGAAUGACGCCGAAGCUGGCGCGACUAGCUGCGUGUCAUUUAUCCCAAACUCUGGAUCCGAUCCAAAUCGUCUGCAUUUGUUUUGAGUCACUCCCUACAGCCCUGGGAUUCCGACGAGGAUGCAGAUCCAUGCAGUUAACAGGACUAUAUCAUCAAUCAGUGUGGACGGGGUAAAUGGGUAUUGGUCCUCAUACGCAAUCUCUGCAUGUUAGUUAGUCGAAUACUGUGUGUCCGGGGUACAGCUGUAGUGCACGAAAGAUACCAUACACAUUAAUUCGGGACUGGCACAAUUUCCCACGCGUCUCUCAGAUAAGGUCUACCUUUCCAAGCAAAAACUGUACGAAAGUAGUGUCAUCAAAGGCUUUACUUACCAUCGCGUGAGUUCUUCGUUCUUUAAGCUUUCUCUGGUCAUGUUUCCACUGGUGCUGAAGUCCCCGCCUAAUAAUAAUGUAAAUCUCAUAUUCAGACACCACGUACUCUUGAAGAGCGAAGAGAUUAGUUGCUUCUCUUGAUUAUUGUAAUAAUAAUUGGUCGACACGGUUAUCAGAGAUCGUAUGACCGUUCUCUUUCAUCCAAUCCAUCACCUCGAUCAUAUGGAAACAUAGAUUAGCCGUGCCUUGUACGCAUACCUCUUGUGAAGCUCAAGCUCAAGGCAAGGCUGUAGACUUGGAUCGGACGCACUUCCAUGAUCUCCCGUUCCCCAAGAGCUUUCCAGCUUCACUACUCUAAAAACUGCGUUUCUUUUGAUUGUUGUGACCCAGCUCCACUGUCCCUACCACAGACUUGCACCGAAUGGCGAAGGUUCAAAGUCACCGAAAACGAUGGAUCUUUGGUCCAAAAUCAUUCAAGGCUUGACAAAGCCUAGAUCUACGUGUCAUGCGGAACACAGCAAGUCCCAAACUUUUGAAAAGUAGAACUAGAGCCUGGGGGCUUUUGGAAUGAUCUGUGGAUUGAAAAACAAGCCUUUUGCUGAAAUAUUUCGGAGGCCAUUACGUUUCAGAUAGCAAAGAAUAAUCAUCAGAACUAGAGCUAUAUUGCAGAUUCGUCGAGAAACCCACAAUGGUCACCGAAGAAUCCUUACACAAUAUGACGUGCAAGGAAUUUAUGUCUCAGAUAGCGAACCCCUCGGAUUCAAAUAGAUUCUGGUUCAUAUCGAUGUGGGUGUUUCCUCGAGUACACGCAUAUCCAAAUUCUUGCCGCUUUGGAUGGAGAACGAAUCAACAACAGA